AUGACACGUUACGAUCACAUGCCUUGCGUUGCCACAUCUAGCGGACUACCUACUGCUUGUGUUACAUCUUCUCUCGUAUCGCUAAAUGUGUCCAGAAGGAACUACUUCAUUGUCGGCGAAAGCAUACCGCUAUGCUGCUUGAAGAAGAGCCUACUCUCACUAUGUCUGCUCCCCAAACCAGAAUCGUACGGCUUAAUCGCGUUUCAGCAGCACACACAUUAG